AUGGACCCUCCCAAGACCAACAAUGCCAGCAAGCCCAGCGAGGCGGCGCCUCCACCAUACCAGGCACCUCCUCCCCAGAACCAACAAUCGAAUUUUCCUCCCCAGCAACCACCUCAGGCACACUAUGGCGAUCCGAACAACCAGCAGUUCAAGCCAUACGAGCAAGGCCAGCCCCCGCAGGGCGGUUACUACCAACAAGCGCCGCCGAUGGGAUACUACCAACAAGGCCCCUACGGCCAGCCAGGGCCUUACGGUCAGCCGGGGCCCUACGGACAGCAGGGUCCCUACGGCCAGCAAGGCUACGGAGCUCCGCCUCCCGGUGGCUACUACCAGCAGCAGCCAUACGGUCACUACCAAGACGACAGGGGAAGGAAGCCUGGUGUCGCGGAGGGUCUGUUGGCUGGUCUGGCAUGCUGUUGCUGUCUGGACUGUCUGCUCUUCUAA